AUGGACAGCUCCUUGAGUGACGAAGUGAUGGAGGAUGUCCUGCCUUCCUUUCAAAUGCAUAAUCAGCUCUUUAACAGAACGGUUUUGGACCCCGGGGAUGAGAUAGAACUCCCCGGAUACGAGGAAACGAGCUGUCCUUAUUCUGCAAGAGGACUUGCGUCCGAAGAGCAGGUUUCACCCUUACAGAAUCCAGAUUUAUUGGUUUUGAACAAUCUCAAGAGUCUGCGAAAAAUAAACGCACCAGUGCAGAUUACAAUUACCUUCACAAACCAAUCGCCUUUGUUUGGUGAACCUUAUGAGAGCAGGCCUCCAUUGCUUUGCUUCUAUCCAGGAGAUGUGGUGAAUGGACUUGUAACUAUUGAGAACACUGGUAAUGGUAUCAUACCGUUUGAAAUGUUUUUUGUCUCUUUGGACGGAGUUGCUACCAUACCCCAGAAUGGUGAUUCCGGGACAGAAUGUACCUACCAAAAACACUGUUUCUUGAAAAGUUUCGAUCUAGCGGCCUGCUUUCACGAGUGUGAUUUUCAGCAACUCGAGAAGAGUCCCUGUACGGGAAAAGAUCCCGUUGAUGGUGCCAUCUUUGGGCUCCCCAACAGCAGAAAGUUGCAGCCGCGAACAAAGUACAAAAAAGCAUUUGCUUUCCGACUACCAUCUUUCUUGCUGGACAGUGCUUGCAACCAUCAGUACGAGAGCCAUUUGCAGGCGCCCUCAAGUCUAGGAGUGAACCCCUUCGCCAACAACGGAAGAGCUGCAAAGGCCAAAAUUAGCGAGCGCUUGGGAUACGGUUGCCUGGACGAGCAAGGCGCUCCUAUUGUCACUCAAACCUUCAACGAGCCUGGACAAUCGGUAUCCUAUUCCCUCAACGUCCAUAUCUUGGCACGGAGUGAGGAGAUAGCCAAAAGUGUCGAUGAGCAGAAAAGCUAUGAACUUCCAUUCGUGAUCUUGGAGGAAAGCAGCGCGUUUUUGAGGUUCACAAAUACGAACAAUCCCGUUAUCGAUGAGGAUGAAGACCUCCAGUUGCAGGUGGAUAAGAUUGAGCACCAGGCAGCUGAGCUAGAAGUGACUCUUGAGGAGAAGUGCAAGCUUCGGAGAAUUGGGGUCACCGAUCAAAACGUACUUGAAAGUGUUGUCGCCACGGAUUACAUUGUCAAGAAAAAGAGGGGCAGGGAGCAGGAAGAUUUAGACUUGUCUGGCAUUCAAAAGAUCAAGCUGAACAGAGGGUUUCUCAAAGGGGAGGCUGAAUUUGAGGUGCAAGUCCAGUGUAAUGGACAGAUUGUGUUGCACUCAUUUGAGCCCGCAAGUCUUGGACCGGAAAGGGUAACUUUACAUAAGACCUUUUCUAACGACAUACUGUCAGGCCCGAACAGUAUCCAUAUGUUCAAGAAGGCAGCUUCUGCCACUAUCUUACCAAGCAUAAAAUCUGGUGAAGUACUUAUUUCCCUGAAGUCUUUGGAUGGAGUGCUACCAAAAGAGAUAGUGGUAGAGCCGAGCCUACGAGUUGUCAAUAUGCACUCUAGAGCACAUAUUCCAUUGCAUUUUGGUCUAAAGGGCACAGGGAGGUUCUACAAUUACCGGACUUUCGUUGGUAUCAAUAGGCGAUUCGAGGGAUGGGACGCACAGCUAAAAACGCUCUGUAAGGAACUAGGGCAGCCUCUCCCGAGACAGUUACACGAGGAUAUCUUGGGACUGAAAUAUCUAAGAUACCGCGAGCACAGAAUUGACCUAUUUGAGCCGCAACGAGUCCAGCUUAAUUGGAGACCCGCUGGGCCUCAUCAUGAAUCCGAGUUUACUGCAGCGAUUGUUCUUGAUGUGAAAAAAGCUGAAAGCUUCCAUAUUAUUCCCGAAUUCCAAACAUGUUUCCUUGCCAGACAGUACGUGCUUGAUCUUAAAAUCGGAAAAGGUGGAGUUUUGGCGUUACCACUGACGGUCUAUUGA